AUGCCUUCUGUCAGCCUACGUAAACGCUUCGAAAAACUUCGUGACCAACUAGAAACUAAAGCUGGAGAAGAAUUUGCUGAAGAAGUUGAAACCAUCUUAAACGACUGCGAGGGUUUAGUAACGCUAGAGUUAGAAUUAGAAUCUGAAAUCAUCAAAAGAAAAAAACUUUUAGAAGACGCUUACCAAAAAGUAUUAAACAUUACAGUUAACAUUAACGAAAAAAUUGAAGCAAGCGGCAAUAUUUACAUUGCUAACAUUCUUAAACACUACAACGAAAUAGAAAAUGAUAGUCAUGAGGAAACAAUCAGCCUUAAAGAAAUACUAGAAAAAGAUGAGAUUUAUGAACAAGCAUUAAUUACAAGGAAUGAUAUCAAGGCUCCAGUCAGCACUCAAAGGGGACAUGUGGUCAUUGGUAGCUAUGUUGGUGGCAACAUAUUUGACAAAUUAGUUGACAACAGAGUUAUUACUCAAAGUAUUGUCGAUGUAAAAG